CUUUAUUGUGAAGGCGUAACCGGAAAUGACCACGUGACCUCUACGAGCUGAGCAGUUUUGCGAUCGGCUGCUGCUCUCCGUGCGUUGCUUUCACGCUGCGCGCACACUUUUAGUUACAAUGAGUUCCAUAGGGACCGGGUACGACCUGUCAGCGUCCACCUUCUCACCUGACGGCCGAGUCUUCCAGGUGGAGUACGCCAUCAAGGCUGUGGAAAACAGCAGUACAGCCAUCGGGAUCCGCUGUAAAGACGGUGUGGUGUUUGGUGUGGAGAAGCUGGUAUUGUCCAAACUGUACGAGGAGGGCUCCAACAAGCGCAUCUUCAACAUCGACAGACACGUCGGCAUGGCAGUGGCGGGUCUCCUGGCUGAUGCACGCUCGUUGGCGGAAGUGGCCCGGGAGGAGGCGUCCAACUUCAGGUCCAACUACGGACAUGACAUUCCCCUCAAGCACCUGUCGGAGCGUGUGGCCAUGUACGUGCACGCCUACACCCUGUACAGUGCCGUGCGACCCUUUGGCUGCAGCUUCAUCCUGGGCUCCCACGACAAAGACGACGGCCCGCAGCUCUACAUGGUUGACCCUUCCGGCGUCUCUUAUGGCUACUGGGGGUGUGCCAUCGGAAAAGCCAAACAAGCUGCCAAAACAGAAAUUGAGAAAUUACAGAUGCGGGAGAUGACGUGCAGAGAGCUGGUAAAAGAGGUUGCCAAAAUAAUCUACAUCGUCCACGACGAGGUGAAGGACAAAGCUUUUGAGUUGGAGCUCAGCUGGGUGGGAGAAGUCACAAACGGACGCCACGUGCUGGUGCCCAAAGACGUCCGAGAAGAGGCGGAGAAAUACGCCAAGGACUCGCUGGAGGAGGACGACGACUCGGACGAAGACAACAUGUGAACAUUUUUUUUGUGUGUUUUGUUUUGAAAAUAAAAGUUGUUCCCUGUA